AUGCGUCUCAGCUACAUCUUCCCAGUGGUGAUAGCAGCCAUUCUGCACGCUAGCGGCUCCGCACUCCCCACGACUAUGGAGUCCAACCAAGCCACGCUCGCAAAUGAGGCAUCACCUGGUAUACACGGCGCGGACGCCGGGCGACUAUUGCGUGGUGUCGACAAGGAUGCCGUAAAGAAAGAGGAUCUCGUGCAAGAAGAGAGAAGUGUAUUCAAGAACUUGGGGAAAUCCUCAGGGAAAUACCUGAAGAAAUUCGGGCAUUGGCUCGUAUGGAAAUAUGAUAAACCGAGACAAUAG